UGGAUGGAUGGAUGGAUGGAUGGAUGGAUGGAUGGAUGGAUGGAUGGAUGGAUGGAUGGAUGGAUGGAUGGAUGGAUAGAUAGAUAGAUAGAUAGAUAGAUAGAUAGAUAGAUAGAUAGAUAGAUAGAUAGAUAGAUAGAUAUACAUAUAUAUACACACACAUACGACACAAAUACAUGACCAUUUACACAAAUCAAUGUACUGUGUUUGGAGAUGCAGCAAUUUGAGCACAAAACACUGAAGGAAAACCCUAUUUCACUGUUAAUCCACUAUUACUACAAUCAUCUUAGGAGGUUUCUUUUCAAAUACAUAUCAGGAAUAAACUACUGUCUACAAAGUGUGUAUCAUUUCUUUAGCUGUGAAGCUUGAUAAAUGUGCAUUUACAAUUGUAACUUCCUUGCUGAAAUGUGAACAGAAAAGAAAAUAUUGAGUGGUUCUUUUAAAGUUGACACUGAUACAGAUUAUUGGUAAUGCAGGAGACCAAUAACAAUAUUUGGAGCUGAUGCGUAUCUAGUAAAAAAAAAAUGAAAAUGUGCAAAAAUUGACUCCAACAUAAAUUUCACUGAAGUCCCUUUGUUUAUGUUUUGCAUACAUUUAAUUAAAGCAGAUAUUUAUUCUUGAGCACUGAAGUGAGAGCCAAAGCAGCACGUUCAAAUUCAUUCUUUUUUCUCUUUUUUUUUUAUCAGGAAUGGGUUAAAAAAAAAGUACCAACAAUAAGAAAAAUGCCUAAUAUCAGACUUGAUAAUCAUCCAGGCUGGAAGAUAACAUUAAUCAGAAAUCCAGUCUAGACAUUGUUAAUGUGGUAAAUGACUAUUCUAGCUGGAAACAGCUGAUUUUUAAUGGAAUAUCUCCAUAGAGGUACAGAGGAACAUUUCCAGCAACCAUCACUCCUGUGUUCUAAUGCUACAUUGUGUUAGCUAAUGGUGUUGAAAGGCUCAUUGAUGAUUAGAAAACCCUUGUGCAGUUAUGUUAGCACGUGAAUAAAAGUGUGAGUUUUCAUGGAAAACAUGAAAUUGCCUGGGUGACCCCAAACUUUUAAUGGUAGUGUAUAAUCUCACCAACCCUGAGAACUCCAACUAAUUACUCAUACUGAGGAAACAUCUACGUAAAAGCAGCCCAAUCAGAUCCCCAGAAACACUUCAGCUCAAAAGCAUAAUGCAUAAUGUAUUUACCAACAACACUAUUUAUGAAUCUCUACAAAGUGUGUAUAUUCCACUGCAUGCCAUAACUAAGUGAUUCAUCACUGCAUGUAUUAUUUUGUUGGUCUCUCUGAUAUUCUUGAACUUAUUCAAAUAUCUACAACAGUGUCAAGACGCAGCCCAACAAUGCAAACGAUUAAAAAAAACUGCUGUUAGUCACAGUAAAGUGUACAAUGAAAUUUUAGAAAUGACCCCAAUAAAACCAAUUAACAGAGGGCUUAAUGGCAAAUAGAAGUUUUCAGUGACAUUUUGAAAGAAGUUACUGACAGUCUGACAUCUUCUGGGAUCUGCAGAAGGCUCCUGCUAGAAGAUCUCAAACGGCAAUCAGGAGUUAAAGGAUCAAAAUAAUGUAAUUUGGCAUAAGAUCUUGAAAGGCUUUAAAUGUGAAAAUCUUAAAAUCAAUUCUAAAACUAGCUCUUAACCAGUCAGCACUGUUCUUCAUAACUCAAGUAACUGUUGGAGGGCAUCUCAAACAAGCUCGGAUAGAACUGGACAGCACAUUUUUCCUUCUUUAAAAUGGACAGAAACCUGGUCUGGCUGAUGUGUAAUAGUGAGAUGAAAGGAGGGAAGCAGCCGCACAAAGACCCGUGUAGAAAAUAUGAGAUAAUGCUCCUAAAUAUGGCCAGAAUUUCUCCAGAACAGUGGACUUCCUCCUGCACUGAGAAAACCUAGCGCAUCCUCACUUCUCCCUUUGGUUACACAUUAAUACUUAAAAAGGGUUUCCUGUUGUUUCGACCUGCUCUGUGUGUUUGUGUAGGUGGCCAUGAUGCAGUGAAUGCAUUCAGGUUGUCAAUACCACACCUACGAAGACUACCUAUGACACGGUAUAGUUGCGGCUCCACUGAUUCAAAGUGAAAAUGGGAAGUGCCGUCUUCCUGUAGUUUCCUGUCGGGUGCACUCGAACAGGUUUACAUUCACACACUUGCAUCUAUAGGCCCCACGCACGCGCGUCUUGACGCCACUCUCGAAUCACGUAGUGGUGACUGCCAGUGGAAAAGAAAAUUUCAUUACUCACACACCAGUUUCUGCAGCUUUCCAGCUCUAUACAAGUGGUUUUCCUGUGUCCUCAGGGAUAAGUAUAAAAAGGUAAGCGACACAGCUGUCUGCAUUUCCAGUAAAACUUUGGUAAAGCAUCUUUUGGUGAUCCGCCGCCUGCUACUGACAAAAUGAAGCUGGUUGUUUUUUGCCUUCUCGCAGUCUGCUGUUGCUCAUUGGCCAACACAGAUGUGAAAGACAUGCAGAAGAGAAAACUACAAGAAGUGCUUCUACAGCUGAGCGACGUGAAAGAAAGCCUGCAGCACAGUGAGCAGGAGCUGAGAACUCCACCAAAGAAUAUUGAGGACUGCUGCUGUCUGUCGGCCUUGCAGUGCUUUCGGGCGAAUCUGAAUGUUCAGUUUAACAUCACAGAGAAGCGCAAACAACGCAGACUUUACAACAGCCUCAGGGAUCCCUUCACUGUGAGAGGACUGGACUUUUGUAAUGCAGGAGAUGCUACGUCCACAUGCCAAGACUGCGCCUCACAUCCUAAGGAAAAAGCCAGUGAGUUUUUCAGCAGACUGGAAUCCCUUAUUGAAAGAGCCAUAGCCAAACUCAAGAUGGACUGAAAAGCGGUGAAGAUCCAGUAGUGACCAAGGGCUUAAUGUAGAGAAGACACUACGCUGAAAAAUGCUAAAAAUGGCAAAGUCUAUAUGUUACAGCCUUAUAUAUUUAACUUAUUUAAUAUUUAUUUAGGUAGUGGUGAUAAACUCACUCAAGCUAUGAAGAAUGUAUUGUCAGUAAAGCUGCUUUGCUGCCACCCAGUGGACUUGGCAGUUGAGGAUUUUUUUUCUCCUUCACUGAAAGAGAAACUUGUAUGUUGUAGUUCUCAAAGAAUAUCAAGUAUGUAAUGGCAUUUAUACUAUGUAUGAUGUACCUGAGCACAGGACUUCCUUUUCUAAACCAACUGUACCAUUUCAAAGUUAUUAACACAGAGAGGAUUUGGUCUGCUUGAUUUAUCUAUAGGGCAACUUUUGUAGUAGAGGAUACAGCAGCAUUCAGAGUUCUUACCAACUCUUCAUUUUGAUGCUAACAAAGCCCAGUUUGUAAUCUGCAGAUUAUAUGCUACCUCCUGAACCAUUUCUCUGACUUUUUCUCACUGAGAAUAAACUGACAUUGUAAAGACAAACUGUGUCUACCUUGUACAAAUUCUGCCCUGAAAAAGCACAGAAUAGUUCAAAAUGACCAUGAUGUAACCAGACAGAUUUUUACAGCUCGUCUUGUA